CAGAUGGUGAUGAGCAUCAGAAUGAGUUGUGUUCAUUUUUGAUUUCAACGAUCCAACAAGGUGACACUCUCGCAGCAUCAUCAGCAAGUGCCUUCUUCUCGAAUGUGUUCGAGUUUUUAUCGGCCUCUGAAGUGAACGCAAAGAAAAUGAGUGAAGAUUUCUAUGGAUGUGUUAGAUCAUUAAUUUUGAGAUUUGGUGAAUCAUUUGAUACGAUUCGUGCAGAAUGGAAAGUGAGGAAUGAAAGUGUUGUGGAUGAAUUAAUAAAACGAUGUAAGAUCGAAGCGCAUGAGAUUGGCGAUAUUGCGAUGGAGGCGAAACCAACUGGAAAACGCCGUCGUCGAUCAUCAAAUAGUAUUCGAAAAAGUGCUUGUGAAGGAGACGAGGCAAGGUUCGGCGAUAAGCAUGGUCCUGCGCCCGACAAAAAUAAACAAGUUGUGAUG